AUGUCUUCUCGACCGAUUUCGACCACGGCGGCCAAUCUCAUUGAGGCUAGCCAACUGCGCAGGAGAUACUAUAGUGCACAAGUGUACGCGCAGACACAAGUGCACUCUCUAUUACGGCCACUCUCAUAUCCGGUGGACAACUACUAUGUUCGACCAUUCGACACGACCGGUGCGAGAUCCGGCGCAGGUCCGACGGCUUUACCUGCUCUCCGAGGCAAGGGGAAAAACAACUUCCAACUUCCCAACUCCGGGCUGUUACUGAGACUUUCU